CCAUAGGAAAUGAAUGCAUUGUGUGUGUGUGUGUGUGUGUGUGUGUGUGUGUGUGUGUGUGUGUAACAGGUUUCCUGGAGGCAGCCUGUUGACUGGCUGCUGUGGGGCCACUCGGUGGUGCGUUCACGUGAAGAUGGUGACCGCGGCGCUCAGCUGCCUUGUGGCGGGACUUGUGGCCCUCGUCCUCUACCUGAGGCUCUCGCGUCCGUUCUUCUGGCCGGAUCUGAUGCACUACGUGAAACUGCGGAGGCACAGAGCGACGUCGCAGGCUCGCAUGGAGCGAGGCAUCGUCACGUACCUCGACAGCUUCCUCCACCAGGCGAGGACGAACCCGGGGAAACCCUUCAUCGUGUUCGAGCGGCAGACGCUGACGUACCGGGACGUGGACCGCAGGAGCAGCCGGUUCGCCAACGCGCUCCGAGCGGGGGGCGCUCUGAAGCAAGGCGACGUCGUCGCUCAGCUCAUGUGCAACGAGCCGGACUUCGUGUGCGUGUGGCUGGGUCUGUGCAAGCUGGGCUGCGAGGUCGCGUUCCUCAACAGCAACGUGAAGGACUCGUCUCUGCGCCACUGCCUCCUCGGCUGCGGGGCGACGGCCCUCGUCGUGGGAGCGGAUGUGGUGCACUUGGUGGAGCGGGUGCUGCCCGAUCUGAAGAAGGACAACAUGGCCGUGUGGGUGGUGGAUCACACGUCACCAUCCGAGGACAUCAACAGUUUGUUAGAUAAGGUGGAACAUGUGUCCGAAGAACUCUUAAGUGAACCACCUAAAGUUGACAUCAUGUCAAACUUCCUCUUCAUUUUCACCUCAGGCACCACAGGUCUCUCCAAGGCGGCUCGCGUCGGGCACCUGAAGGCCAUCAUGAGUAUGGCCUUCUUCACGAUCUGUGGAGCCACAUCUGAUGACAUCAUCUACAUCACUCUUCCUCUUUACCACAUGUCUGCUUCCCUGUUGGGGAUUGGAGGAUGCAUUCAACUCGGUGCAACUUGUGUGUUAAAAAAAAAGUUUUCCGCCAGCCAGUUCUGGAAAGACUGCGUGCAACACAAUGUGACUGUGGUGCAGUACAUCGGAGAGCUGUGUCGGUACCUGGUCAACCAACCUGUGGUUCCAGAGGAGAGAGCUCACAGGGUCCGGCUGGCAGCAGGAAGUGGUCUCAGGGCAGAUGUUUGGAAGAAGUUUGCCCAGCGCUUCAGCACGAUCACAAUCAGAGAGGGUUACGGCUUGACUGAGGCCAGCGUCGGGUUCCUCAACUACACAGAUGAGGUCGGACCGAUCGGGAGGGCCAGCUAUUUCAACAAGCUCUCUAUGCCAUUUGAGCUGCUCAGAUAUGAUCCUCAAUCAUACGAGCCAAUCAGAGAAGAUUCUGGGAGAUGCACACCAGCACAAAUAGGAGAGCCAGGCAUCCUGGUGGCUCCUCUGACAGCGAUCAACCAGUUUCUGGGCUACGCCGGGAACAAGGUCCAGUCCGAGAAGAAGCUGCUCAGGGACGUGUUUAAAGCCGGAGACGUCUAUUUCAACACCGGAGACCUGCUGCUACAGGACCACAGGGACUUCCUGUACUUCCAUGACCGCGUCGGAGACACCUUCAGGUGGAAAGGAGAGAACGUUUCCACCACCGAGGUGUCAGAGAUUUUAGGUCUUGUUGAUUUUAUGAAGGACGCCAACGUCUAUGGAGUCACCAUACCAGGAUAUGAAGGACGAGCAGGUAUGGCGGCUGUUGUCUUAAAACGUGAUCACAAAUUAAAUGGACCAGAGCUCUACAGCCACUUACUCAGAACACUUCCUGCAUAUGCCUGGCCACGGUUUCUCAGAGUACAGACCUCUCUGGACGUGACGGAGACCUUCAAGCAGCAGAAGACGAAGCUGGUCCAGGAGGGCUUCCACCCAGACGUCACCCAGGACCCUCUGUAUUUCUUAGACGUCUCUCAGCAGGACUAUGUUCCCCUUACUGCCUCUACAUAUCAAGACAUUGUGUCAGGAAAGAUCCAUUUAUAGACAUUUUUCAGACCAGUUGCUUCAGCAGUACUGAUCUACUGUGUUAUGGAGACCCUGAUUCGUCCCACGACGACUCCUUCCCCGUAUGUUCCAAACCGAUAACAAACAAAGCUAUGUCUUCUUGGGCACCCCUUGUGAGCAGUUUUACCAACAACUGAGACGUAUUUUGCAGAGUUUUAAAAUAUGUAAUUAUUGGCCUGAAGUGGUAACAUUUUCCAGUUUAGCAAAAGAAACGAUUUUUGACUGUACAUUUUCAAAAAUUGGCCACAGCCUUUCUUUCCCUCAGCCCCAAAGAGAAGCAUGUCUCUGUCUUAUCUUCUGUUUUGUACAGUGAGCAUGCGUUAUUAUAUUUCAGAGAGCCUCCCUGCUUAGUCUACUGUAAUUUUUUUAGUUUGCUGUUAAUGCAAAUUCAACAGUUCCUUUACUGAAUUGUAUUGUUUCUCUGUUAGUCAGUCAAGUCUUAACACUCCAUAACCCUAUGCUGUUUUCAGUCCUGCUUCUAAUAUAUUAGUCAAUAUAUACAUCUCUGGAAAAACUGAUUCCUAAGAUGUCGUUGUCAAACCCUUAUUACAAAGAAAUGUAGGUGAGGCUUGAUAUUAUAUACAGUUUAACCAUAAUCUUUAUAAUGAUAUCAAAUAUAUAGAACUUGAAUUAGGAAAAUAAACAUAUUUUUUUAAUGUGAACUAUAAACAAUAUCUUUUCUACUGUACUAUCUGGAGAAUAUUAUAUUUUUAUGGUAUCUUAUUGUAUAGUAUAUAUGUUAUGCAAAAUGGCUGUUAACUCUAUAAUAAUAAAUAUUAUUAAUUUGUCUAAAAUGAAAAGGUCAGUAAUGUUUAGAUAUUUACUCAUUUUAUAACAUCUCAAGGAAUAAUAAAUACAGCAAGUAAUUUAAACAGAUGGUCGCUAACAGUUUUUUUAUUUCAGAUUUGUACUACUUUUUAACAAGCUUUGCUUUAUUUUACACUACACUCCAAUUUUUCAGCUGUAUAAUACAGUAAUGUGGUCUAUAUUUUACACUACUUCAUUACAGUUUAGAGUAAAAAGAGACAAUGAAGUAUAUGAAUUGCUGUCAUGUAAAAACAUGUUUUAAAUUCAUGGCACAUCACAUCCUCUAUCUUAAACAAAAAGUAUUUUUGAACCUCAUGUAUAGUGCUAUCUCAUGGCAUGUUUUUAAUAAAUAAAAUCAAGAUAUGACGGGUA